AUGAAUCUGAGAGAAUGGGCAUCUAAUAUUCCAGAGUUUGAGGCACACAUAGAUAAAGGAGACUUAGCAGUCUUGAAAGAAUCAACAAAGAUUCUAGACAUUAUCUGGAAACCGCAGUCAGACGUACUUCUCUUUAAUGCUAAUAAAAUCUCUGUUGUUCCUCCAUAUACAAAAAGAAAAGUCUUAAACCAGUUAGCUAGUAAUUAUGAUCCGCUUGGAUAUUCAACACUGAUUUUCAUUAAAGCGAAACUCUAUUUCCAAAAAUUGUGUGUUGAGGAAUAUGAGUAG